ACCCAACGUCCCCUCAUUGCCCGCCGACUGGCCCCGCCUGGCUCCGGGCUUCCCUCUCCGGGGUCUCGCCCGCCCCUUCCUGCAGCCUCUGGAGGAGCGGGUCCACCGCGGGGCACCAUGCCCAGCAAAACCAAGUACAACCUUGUGGACGAUGGGCACGACCUGCGGAUCCCUUUGCACAACGAGGACGCUUUCCAGCACGGGAUCUGUUUCGAGGCCAAGUAUGUAGGAAGCCUGGAUGUGCCGAGACCCAACAGCAGGGUGGAAAUUGUGGCUGCCAUGCGCCGGAUACGGUAUGAGUUUAAAGCCAAAAACAUCAAGAAGAAGAAAGUGAGCAUUAUGGUUUCAGUGGAUGGAGUGAAAGUGAUUCUGAAGAAGAAGAAAAAGAAAAAGGAAUGGACAUGGGAUGAGAGCAAGAUGCUGGUGAUGCAGGACCCCAUCUACAGGAUCUUCUAUGUCUCUCAUGAUUCCCAAGACUUGAAGAUCUUCAGCUAUAUCGCUCGAGAUGGUGCCAGCAAUAUCUUCAGGUGUAAUGUUUUCAAAUCCAAGAAAAAGAGCCAAGCUAUGCGAAUUGUGCGGACAGUGGGGCAGGCCUUUGAGGUCUGCCACAAGCUGAGCCUACAGCACACGCAGCAGAAUGCAGAUGGCCAGGAAGAUGGGGAGAGUGAGAGAAACAGCAAUGGCUCAGGGGAGCCCGGCAGGGACCCAGGUCGCCAGCUUACUGGAGCCGAGAGGGCCUCCACAGCCACCGCAGAGGAGACUGACAUUGACGCAGUGGAGGUCCCGCUCCCAGGGAAUGAUGUCCUGGAAUUCAGCCGAGGAGUGACCGACCUGGAUGCUGUAGGGCAGGAAGGAGGCUCCCACUCAGACUCCAAGGUCUCCCCCCACCCUCAGGACCCCACGCUGACAGCCUCACCCCGCAUGCUGCUGCCUUCCUCGAACUCGAAGCCACCAGGCUUGGGCAGCGGGACCCCACUGUCUACCCACCACCGGAUGCAGCUCCUCCAGCAGCUCCUCCAGCAGCAGCAGCAGCAGACACAAGUGGCUGUGGCCCAGGUUCACUUGCUGAAGGACCAACUGGCUGCGGAGGCUGCAGCACGGCUGGAGGCCCAGGCUCGUGUACACCAGCUCCUGCUGCAAAACAAGGACAUGCUCCAGCACAUCUCCCUGCUGGUCAAGCAGGUUCAGGAGCUGGAGCUGAAGCUGUCAGGACAGAAUGCCAUGGGCUCGCAGGACAGCUUGCUGGAGAUCACCUUCCGCUCGGGAGCCCUGCCGGUGCUCUGUGACCCCAUGACCCCUAAGCCGCAAGACCUGCACUCCUCACAGCCACUGGGCGCAGGCUUGGCUGACUUUGCGCCCCCUACGGGCAGCCCCUUAGGUAGGCACGACUGCUUGGUGAAGCUGGAGUGCUUCCGAUUCCUCCCUUCGGAGGACACCCCGCCCCCAGCGCAGGGGGAGCCUCUCUUGGGGGGGCUGGAGCUCCUCAAGUUCCGAGAGUCAGGCAUCGCCUCGGAGUAUGAGUCCAACACAGACGAGAGCGAGGAGCGCGACUCGUGGUCCCAGGAGGAGCUGCCGCGCCUGCUGAAUGUCCUGCCCAGGCAGGAGCUGGGCGACAGCCUGGAUGAUGAGAUCGCCGUGUAGGUGUGGGGCGAGGAGACACCGCCAGGUGCCAAGGGGCUGUGUCUGGCCGCUGCCUGGGUAGAGGUGCCCAGGGAAAGUGUGCUGCUGAGGAUAACCCCCAGGAGCCAGGAUAGUGGUGAAGGCUUCGGAGGGGGAUUAGGACGUUGGGAGGAAAUUGGACUCCAGAGGUGAGUUAGCUGUCUUCUGCUGUGACUCAAAGGUGGUAGAAGCAGGGCCUUCCUGGGCCCAUGGCUGUGGGAGAGGGUCCCUCUUCAACAUUACUGGGCUGCUGGAAGAUUACCCCCCCAUACCUGCUGCACUGUCAGACUCCUCUGCUCCGUCAUUUGAUGCUUCAGGGGUCCCCUGACUCCCCUGUUUCCAUGGUCCCGACCAUAAAGGGAAGCCAUUGGUACCUUCUCGGGUACUCAGUUUCUGGAUAUCAGGAUGCUACCAGUUGCCUAACCCUUCCCUGACCUUACAGGGGAAUCCCUUCCCAGACCCUUGCUGAGAUUGUAGAUGUUGAGUGUUCUGGGUUGCAAGAGCCAGGCUGUUGCUUUUGCUGUAUGGAUUGGGAUGUGUCGUACGUUGCAGUGGAUAAACUAUUGUAGGAAACUGGUUGUGAAAUUUUCUCUAUCAGGAUGUUGGUUCAGAGGGAGUGUGAGAGCAUUAACUUCAUUCAGGUCCUGCUGUGAGAGCCCAGGCUCAGGACAGCCUGUUUGCUGCCACAAGUCAUUCUUCAGUUUGGAAGCCCUGCCCAGCCUGUCUCCCGCCUGCAGACUGGCUCCUGUAAAUAGAGGUCGGGAAGUACCCCGCCUCCCUGCUGUGCCAGCCAAACAUUUUAUAGCAUUUGGCCUCUCUGAAAGCUCAGAGACCCAGAGAGCCCUGCUUUACCUCUCCUCCUAUCCACUCCACUAGAUGGUAAUGACUGGUUUUUUACUACAAAACAAAAAUGGACAUAAACUGACAGUUGAGACUACUUUUGUCUACUCUUCCAGAAUCACUCCCACUUAGAUUCGAGACCACAGUCCUGCCACCCUGGCCUGCCUCUCUGUGGGUGCAUGCCUUGAGCACACCUGGAAAAAGUUCAGUGUGCAACUCUUUUAUCUUUUACUGGGUUGGACUGGCCUAGGGAUGUCUACUUGGUAACAGGUUGGCAGGGCCCAUGAAGAAAAGCUGCUUUUGCUUCUGUAAGGCCACAAGUGGCUGUUAACAAUAGAUUUUGAGAUGGCUGAAGAGAGAGCUGAGAUACGCUUGAGUGUUAUGUUCAGAGGAAGAAGUCUUCCUCGUAGACCACAAGCUACAGACCAGCCUACAGUCUACCGACCAGCCUAGCAGGCCCAUUGAUAAGGAUGUAGUUGUCCCAGAUGGAGUUCAAACCCAACUUUGCUUUAGAAUUGAUAUAAAUGCAAGUGCUGCCCUCUGUUAUAGCCAUGCUUGGAUUUCUUUCAGACCAGAAAGUCCAAAUUAAAGAAAAUAAAUGCAGCUUUCCAUUAGCUUCCCCUGGUACAUCCAGGUGUUCAUGGAAAUAGAAUGAGGUGCCCUGUGUGUGUGCGUGCGCAUGUGUGUAUGUGUGCACAUGUAUAAGGGAAAGUAAGGAUAUGUUUUAGGCUUGUGAGAAGUGACUAAAGAGAAGACAAAGAGGAUCUUUGGGAUGACUGAAUCAACAAUAGAUGUUUAUCCUUUUCCUAACAUGCAUUUAGUUGGAGAGACAUGGUUCAGCUGGCUACAUUUUCUAAUUAAGCAUUGGAAAUAGGUCCAAACACAGAGGGAAGAAGAACCAGGAAGGUUAGGUCCACGGGAUCAAAGGAACAGCCAUCAGAAAUCCAGUUUGGCUGAGCCUACUUAGCUUAUGAAAUCCUAACCCAGGAUUCCAUGAGUCUGAGACCUCUGAGACCAUCAGGCUUUGAGUGUACAAGGGAGUAGAAGGUCUCCUGCAAGCAGGAGUUAAGGGUAGAACUAGAGGAUUAGAUGAAUGAACUUUGGUUGGAGGAGUCUUGUAUGCAUGUGGUUAGGGAGUAGACGGGGAAGACAAUUUCUAAAUGGUCUUGGAAAGCUCAUAAAGGGAAAGAAGAAAGGAAAUGGAAGGAAGGUGAAAGAAAUGGAAAGACUAGUUACGUAUGAUGUUAAACUGGGGCCUGUUUAAGACCUCAUUUCCACUGCCUCAGCCCUACACUUUCCCUGAUUCAAACCUUCUUUGGAGUAUUCAUUCCUUUAUGGCACCCUCCCCAGGGUGACCCAAAUAUGUGCACACUUGGCGUGUGGAGAUGGGAGACCAAGGACAAAUCUAGGAGCUUGGAAGGGUUACUAGCCACCAACCCUCCACUGGGGCCAACUGGACAGGAAGGGAAGGGAAUGUUACAGACCUGAUUUCCCAGUGACGUUACUCUGUCCUCUUCCUUCCUUGCUUCUCAAUCUGCUAACUCAACCCUGCCUUCCCCUUAUUUUAUCCUUCUACUGUGUCCUAUGUGGAGAACAUGUGGACACCAGGGGGCCUUCCCUUAUUGGUGCCUGCCCUAGCCUGCUUCAUGUGCCAACAGACUCUUGGUCACACAAGGUCUCACAGGUGUGUGGGGACUGAAAAUUAUAUUCCUUAUAUCCCUGCUGUGUAUCAGUGCUAUCUGUAAAACCUCUUCUUGGCUCACUUCUCUCAACUGAUCUUGUUUAGGAAUUGUAUUGCUUUAUUUACUCUUUGCUUGACUGCUUCCUCCUACCCUCCUACCCUCUAGCCCUCUAGCCCUCUACUUGCCAAAACUAUUGUGUCAUUAAUUCCAUUGGAUCAACUCUCUGGGAAAAGAUUCUGCUAAUGUAAGUGCACUUACUCCUUGGACGUUGUCACUAGUCUAGUGGCUUUUGCUAAAUAAACCUUUCUUAUUUCUAAACGCUUUUCCAUUGUCUUUUCUUGCUUCUUCUUUUCACUUGCUCCUUCUAUGCCUCUUACUUCCACCCACUUCCCAAGCCAGGAAGAAUCAGCUCUGUGACAUGGUUCCCGAGGGUGUAGCGCUAAGGGAUCCCUCACUGAAAGAGGGGAGGAAGGUGGUGCCCACAGUGGGGUUUGUGCAAACAGCCUUACAGGUCAGACUAUACAACUGAUCAGAUUUUACCAUCAGUAGGUAUGUUCCUAACGCAUAGUAGGUGGAAAUCAGGGAUGCUGUUAAAUAUCUUGUGCACGAGACAGCUCCCCCAGCCAAGAAUUAUCCCACCCAAAGUGUCUGUAGAGCUAAGGCAGGAAAGCCACCCCAUUGAAAAAAGUCUCUUCAGACCCCAGAUCUUUUCAAACUCCAAAUAUCAUUAGAAUACAUGGGUGGCAACAGCAAAUGUUGAGUGCUUUAGAAUUACUGCAUCCUAACAAAACUAAGAUCAAGAUUAUACAAUUUCACUGACUUCCAACUGAAACCAGUAGUAGUCGAUAGGAGCCUGAAUAGGACCAUUAUGAAACUGCAUAUAAGAAGCAAAAAGUGCUGCUUUCUGUCCUUACCUGGAAGGAAUUAUGGCACCUUUGCCAUACAGCACAGCACAGCAAUCCUGACUCCCCAGAACACGGAGAAGUAAAAAAUAACAGUGCUGGGAAAGGAAGGAGUGUUUGGGAAGUGAGCUGCAGGAUCUCACAGAACAGCUCUACCUUUCCUUAUUCCUGGAAGCUUUGGCUGGAACUUUUAGCUAUUAUGCUUUCCCUGGCGCAGGCCAGAGAGAAAAUUGAGAGGAUCUAAUAAGCCAGGUUCCUACACCUUCUGAACAUUAAUUUCUCAUCUAUAAAAUGGGAUUGUAUAUACUACAAAAAAGUUAUCAUGAGAGUAAAUGAGAUUACCCUGGAAAGCACCCACCUGGCAGAGUGUGUUUACUUUGUAGCUAGCUUCCUGAUCCAGGCACCAGUGCUGGUUGGUAGAGUUGUUUGCCUGUUUUCUUUUUCCGCUGUGCUGAGACCUUAUCUGGAGCUCUGUACUGAGGAAACUCCUGGGGUUACGACAGUCAGCACAUUAAGUGUGAAAUGUGGAGGCAUCUGUGUUAGGGAGAAGACACUGAACACAGUCACUCACUGGGCAGUGAGGGGGCUCAGUUCUUUUCCUCUCUUGACUGGUGCCUGUGGUGCAAGGCCCUGGAGGAGGAAGUAGGAGGUUGGCAGAAGACAGGAGACCAGUUCCUUUCCUCGUUCUCCCACCAACAAUAGUGAGACUGUGCCCUCCUCAUCCCCUUAUGUGCCUCUCCCUGAUGGGGAGAUCAGGAGUGCCAUCCAGGGGACACCCGCACACCAUGUGUGCAAGGAGAAGCCUUCCGGGGCUCACCUGCUUCUUCCAGUUACAAAAUGGUAGCUCAAGCUGGGCAUGGCAGCAUAGGCCUAUAAUCCCAGGACUCCGGAGACUGAGGUAGGGGGAGCACAAGUUCAAACCCUGCACGGGCAACUUACUGAUUUAACAAGACCUUGUCUCAAAAUUAAGACUU